AUGAGCUCUAUCCAAGCACUUUUGAAUAGACUGACUUCUAACACACGCAUUGUUGCAAGAUGCAACAUAAUAAAGACACCUUCAGGAGCUUUACAAGCUGCUCCUACUAUUGCCAAAUCAAGAUAUGAUUCCGUGAAGGUUCAACCCAUACGUAUUCCCAACCAGCAGCUCAAAAUACGACACCCUUUUCAAACACUGGCAUUUCCAAAGGAUCGUUCACAAAUCAGAGGGGUCGAUAAUAUAGUACACCAAUUGUUACAAAGACAGUACAAAUUAAAGACGUUCCCACCAAUCGUGAGAAAUCGGUUCUUAUCAGUGCAGUUAUUUCCUCGAGAUCAUAUCUUUUCCAAUUUCAGAAAGUCAAAUGUGUCACUUGUUUUCAACAUGCAUCAGAUACCUAUGUUGAAUGACAAGCCCUUGGAGAUUGGAUUUAAAAGCCGACGCAAAUAUAAAGAUCUACAAUUUUUCAACAGUAAACCGCUGCCAAUGCAAUCUGCGUGUGGAAGAUCCAAAUCAAAGAAACAGCUUAGAGAGUUAUUUGCUCAAACCUUGCAAAAUUUUACGAAUCAUCAGAAAAGGGACCGCUUGUUUGGAAUUUUUGUUUUUCAUGUUGCCAAGGUGCCUGUAAAUAAAGAGCAAGAGGAUGUUGUAUUAAAAGAUUUAAAAAAUAUGUGCUUCUCUUUAUUGGAGAAAGAGCAAGUAUGGAAUGAUUUGAAGAGAGUGUUUAACAAGUCAAAAAAGCCUUCGCCACAACAGCUAAAACAUAUACAAUACAGCUAUGGAGUUAAAGAUCUUGACAACAAAAGGAUUAGAUUUCCUUUUUUGAAUAAAGGGGCUUUGAAAUUCAGUUUCAAAAAGUCUGGGGAGACAGGUUAG